AUGAUCAAAGGACAAAGUCUUAGUGCCGUGUCCUGUGUGCAAACACUGACAGGAACUGAGCUGCUGGACGUGACACAGCAGAGGUCACCUACUCAGGUUCAAGUACAAUGUUACUACAUUGGAGAGGGAAAUUCUCCAUCUCCACACAGUGACAAAUCCUCCAUCAGCAUAAACUCUCUUCUUCCACCUAAACUGACAGUGGAUCCACCACUGAUCACGGAGACGGACACAGUCACACUAAACUGUCAGACUCCAUCAUCUGUUCCUGUCACUCAGUGUUUUUUCCGCACUGUGAAAGACAAACCUGCCAAAAGCUUCUCUUGUGUGAAGACACUGACAGGGACUGAGCUGCUCUUGUUGGCAUAUCAGAGUUCACCUGCUGUGGUUGAAGUGACGUGUUUUUACCUCGAUAUGUAUCAGUCUCCAGAGAGUAACACGUCCUCCAUCACUAUACAAAUUCCUCGGCCUAAACUGACAGUGAAUCCCCCACUGAUCACAGAAACUGAGUCAGUCACACUGAACUGUCAGACUCCAUCAUCUGUUUCUGUGACCCAGUGUUACCUCUACAUUAUAAAAGAAGAAACUGCCAAAGCCGUCCUCUGUCUGCAGACACUGACAGGGACUGAGCUGCUGAGGAUGGCGGCUCUUUACAGUUCACCUGCUGUGGUUGAAGUGUCAUGUUAUUACACAACAGUGUCCAAAGGAGGACAACAUCAAUCUCGUCUCAGUAACAUAGCCCACAUCAGCUUACAAAAAUCAAGCAUGACACAGAGAGCGACGACAUUCAGUGCAACCACAGUUUCAUCAGGUCAGACUGUCGGUGUGGCGAGUACAACCAGUAGUUCAAUCUCUACUUCCCUAACACCAGUGAAACCAGAAUCAGAAACGGUUACUGAAGUGACUAUUAAAGUGACAGGGACUACAGGAACUUUGAUAACUGUUAACAAAACUACGACUGUGGUAUCAGGAGAUAACGUUACAGGUGUGACUGCACAUGAGCCUCGCACUAAAACUAGUUUGUUUCCUGUGAAAGAAGAACAAAAAAAAACAUGGAAAUGGAAAUUGCUAGUAAUUGUGAGUGGUCUCGGAGUCAUUGUCGGUGUUGUCCUACUGGGGCUUACACUUCUCUGUACCACAAAAAGUGGAGCAUGUUUCUUUAAGAGAUCACAAUCCAGUGGUGCUGAUGAUUAUAUGCACAUGAGAAAUAUUGAUGAUGGAAAAUCGUUUCCUGCAGAUAAUGAUGAGGGCUACAAUGUAAUCACCUCAGUAGCUGGUGUUGACUGUACCACUGGUUGUGAGAACCUGAACAGACAAGGACUGAAGACACAACAGCCUCAAAAUGAGGAUUCUGACACAUGCCAUGUGUAUGCCACCAUCUCCGAGGAGCCAGCUCCAUCAACAUUGUAUAACACUGUGCAGGCACAUUGAAAUUUUUUUAAUACUAUACAGAGACCAAGCAGACAGCCUUUACAAUAUUAUCUAGACCAGUGCUAAUGAGUUGUAGCUACACCUAUACAUUUGCAAUAGCAAGUGUUUUGUAGGAAUGUCACCUCAACUGCAUUUUUAUUACAGUAUAGCAAGCACAUCUUCACAAGCUGUUCUGUUUGUUGCUCUCAAAUAGCACUAUACUGUAUAUAAGACUAGUACUGCUAAUCUAAUGUUGAGCUCUUUCAGCACUAGAGUGGCAGAAAUGAAGAACUCUUUAAGUAUGCAAUUGAUAACUGUAUAUAUAGUAUCCAGUGUAUAUCAGAGGCUAUAAUUAUUAAGCUAAUAUAAUAACACAUGCUGUAAUAAUGGUUUUUUAUUAUAGUUUCAAAGUUAAGAUGUGCUAUACCGUCAUCUUCUGCACACAUUCUGCCUCAGCUAUUAAAAGCUGUUCGCAGUUUGCAGGAAACACUUGUUGCUGCUUCACAUAUUUUCAGUUGAACAGAAUUAACUUAACAUAGCUUGCAGGUACUAAAAUAACUACUACAGGAAAUAACAGCAGACAAAGAAGCAAGAUCUGUGUUUCACAAUGACAGUGGCUCGCACACUGCACAGACACCAAUUAAGGAACUUGGGUUUCACACUUUUUCCCCACAUGUGAGCAACAUAUUGCAUGAGAAGAGCUAUUGUACACUUCUCCUCCUAGCAGCUGUUUGUUUUAACUGAAAUUUGAACAUGACAGUUGCACCAUAGCCAUGAACUCCUGAAUCCAAUCUUUUAAUCA